AUGGACGAGCAGCCUCUCGCCCAGUUGGGCCAUCAGCAAGAGCUCAAGAGGCGAUUCUCGCUUCCGGCGCUCGUCUCUCUCUGCCUCUGUCUCAUGGCAACGUGGGAAGCCACGUCCACUGUCGUUGGAACCGCCCUUGUCAGUGGCGGCUCUCCCUGCCUUUUCUACAACUACAUCCUGUCCUUUGUGCUCUCAAUGUGCGUUGCUGCCUCUCUCGGGGAGAUUGCAUCCAUCUAUCCGACAGCUGGAGGUCAAUACCACUGGGUUGCGGCUCUGUGUCCCGGACCUGGCAAGACGGCCGCUGCCUAUUUUACCGGUUGGAUCUCGGUGGGUGGCCAGAUAGUCUUUACGUCAUCCGCGGCAUUUGCUACCGGCCUGCAGACCCAAGGCUUGAUAGUGCUCAACCAAGCCAACUAUGUCCCCGCGAGAUGGCAAGGCAUGCUGCUGUACUGCAGUGUACUGGCCUGUGCAGGCGCGCUGAACAUCUACGGCAUCAGGACAAUGCCUCGUCUAAGCAUCCUCUCAGGUGUCAUCCACGUUGCCGGGUUCGUGGGCAUACUUGUGACGCUCGCGGUGCUGGCCGACAAGACCACCAGUGACGUGGUUUUUGUCGACUUGGUCAAUGACAACGGCUGGGAUAACAAUGGGGUUUCCUGGCUGGUCGGACUUAUCAGCGCUGUAUAUCCGUUUCUCGGCUACGAUGCAGCGUGCCAUCUCGCAGAGGAGCUGCCUCAACCAAGCCGAAAUGUUCCCCUGGCAAUGGUAGGAAGUGUCCUUAUCAACGGGGUCAUGGGUCUGGCAUAUGUCACUGUGCUGCUGUACUCGGCCAGCUCUACGGACCUGGAAAAUGCGCCCAUGGGAUUCUCAUUUAUGCAGAUAUUCCUCGACGCUACCAACUCACGGGUUGGCGCCACAGUCAUGUCUGCCAUGUUGACAUCCGUUGCGGCCGCGUCGGCCGUAGCCGGAAUCACGUCGACAUCGACAACCCUCUGGGCGUUUUCCCGAGACCAAGCUACCCCUUGCCACGAGUUUCUAUCACACAUCAGCCCCCGUCUUCACAUUCCCCUAAACGCCGUCGCGGUUGUCGUUGUGCUUCAAGUCUUACUGGGCUUCAUCUACCUCGGAAAUGACACGGCCUUUAGUGCCAUCCUUUCGAUGGCAAUAGUCGCGCUUUACCUGUCGUAUCUUUUGCCCAUCCUGUACAUGCUCCGGUAUGGCCGGUGGAACUUGCAGCCCGAACAGUACGGUAGAUUCCGUCUCGGCUUUGUGCCGGGCAUCGUGCUCAACCUCUUGAGUGCUGCGUGGAUGAUCACCGUCAUGAUAUUCAGCUUGUUUCCGGCAACCUUGCCCGUCACUCCACAGAACAUGAACUACUCAAUAGUCGUGCUUGGUGGUUGGAUAGUGUUUGGACUGGCCUACUACUCGGUCCGUGCCAGGCACAAAUUUCAAGUUCCGCUCGUGGACUCCAACGCUCUGUCUAGAAUCGACCCUCAUCUGCAGGGACUUGAGAAGAGCUAG